AUGAUCAAGAUCACGGGCCUAAGCCAACCAGAGCAAGAACAGAGUGAACGACGCUCACAUUCACCUGCGCCGGCGACGAUCCCCCAGUCUCACUCCGUGUACCGCGACAGACGCUCCCGUUAUUAUACCAGAUUUUUUUUUCUUUUUGCGUACGAGUGCGUGUCGCCAGUAGCCGCUAGGAAUUUCAUCGUGGCCAAACCCAACUACAAAAUGGCAGCCACCCGAUGGUCAUACGUUUUCGCGUUUCUCGCAUGCGCCGCGGUCGCGUCGUGCGCGCAGGUCGAGGACCCGUGCAAGAUCAAGUCGCGUGUGGUGGCGGACGACAAAUACUGCGACAAGUAUUGGGAGUGCGAGAACGGGCAGGCCGUGCAGUACGACUGCCCCAACGGGCUGGUCUUCGCCGGCAAGCAUAGGGGCGUGACCGAAGGCUGCGACUACCCGUGGAGAUCUAACUACUGCGAAUAUCCGAAGGUUCAGAUAAACCCCCCCAUCGGGACGGAGCACUGCGACUGGCUGUACGGGAUCUUCGGCCACGAGACUUCGUGCACGAGGUACUGGACAUGCUGGAACGGGACCGCCACGGAGCAGCUGUGCAUCGGUGGGCUGCUUUACAACGAGAACGCUCACUCGUGCGACUGGCCCGAAAACGUCGACGGCUGUCAAAAGCAUCCGCUCUGCAACGAAGAUCCAAAUGGCAACGUGCCACUUGGCAAAUCCUGCAACCGCUACUGGCAGUGCCAGGGGGGAUACCCCCGCUUGCAACGCUGCCCAGCCAUGUUAGUGUUUGACAGACGAUCGCUCAGAUGCGUGGUACCGCCAACGGACGAAUGCGAAAUCAUCACAACCACCUUACCACCGCUGGAAGAAGGGCAGACCUUGAAACCAGGUCAGCAACAGAAGAGAGUCAACGAGUAUCAGGAUGGCCAGCCUGGCAGUCAACGGAUAAGGAAC